AUGCUCAGCGCUGUUGCUGCUCGGAAGCUGAAGCAGGUUCAGCAAUCCUCAGCGGUUCCUGGUCCUUCCACUUUACCACCCGUCGCACCUGCCUUCACAGCUUCGACUGGUUCACCCUCGAACGGCAAGACAUCACCGACAAAGAAGCCCACUAACAAGCCGCCAUCUAAGAGGAAGCUCAGCGGUCAAUCCGUACCCAAGGCCGCCGCGAAGAAACCUCGCCGAUCGCGUUCCAAAGGCAAAGAGAAAGAGACGCCGCGUUACUUCGCGGAACCUGCGCAUGCCGACGACGACGGCGACGAUGCGCUCUUGUCUGUCGACGAAGAUGACGAUGAAGAGCGCGAGAGUGUACUCGGCGGUCUUGAUACUCAGCCCCUCGCGCUCCCUCCUCCGAAACGCGCCUACUCUCCCAGCCGGCCCGUCGAAGAAGACUCGUCCGACGAGGACGUGCCAGCUCCGGCCUCUUCUCUCCGGCUCAAAAGCGCGCAGACGCACGUUCAGCCUGUCACACUAUCUACAUUUGAUCCUAAACCGGACCACAACAUGUUCGUGUUGACCGCAGAAGAGCGUUCGACGCUCGGGCUAGACGACGAGAACGCCAUCGUUGUCGUUCUCUCUGCCGAAGAGACGCUCUCUUUCAUCGGUACACUGCGUGUACGGGUCUUACGAGGGAUCGUGAAGAUGCUCGGGACGACGCUCAGAGCUUCCGCUGUAUCGCAUCCUGUCUUCGCGCCUCGAUCGUCGCCUGUGCCAACUCUCGAAGCUAUACAGGCAACCGAGGGCUCUUCAACAGAGUCAUCACUCGCUUUACCCACGCGCAUCCAGCGUCUUGCGAAGAGCGCGACAGCGGUCGUGGUGCUACAGGACAUGUUCACUGGCGUGGAGAGCCUCGGUCGCGUCGUGCGCACGUUCGAAGGCGUAUUCCGGCAUGGAGCGGACGAUAGUGCGCUAGAGCUACCUCUCUCCAGUGCGGUCAUGUGCACACGCUCAAGUCGCGAUAUACAACCGUUCGUUCUACCUUCGUCUUGGGAAGACGCGUUACGCCAGGCUACGUCCAUCGACGAAUCGGGAACACCGCCGGUGUACUUUGUCAAAGGUACGAAGAACUCUGGCAAGAGCACCCUUGCACGCACGAUGGUCAACCGGUUGAGCGCACGGUACCGCCGCGUCGCCUACUUGGACUGCGAUGUUGGCCAAUCUGAAUUCACACCUGGAGGCAUGGUUGCUCUGACCAUCCUCGAUCAACCCGUCUUCGGACCCCCUUUCACGCACCUAACCGUGCCAUACCAAGCGCACUACAUCGGCUCCUCCUCCCCCCGCUCCUCCCCCUCGCACUACCUCUCCUCCAUCUCGUCCCUCCUGCACACCUACGCUAUCGACCUCCGCCACGCCGCCGUCCUCGACCCCUCCCUCUCCACCUCCACCUCCAUCUCCGAAGACGGCCGAAUCGCCGACAGCGUCCCGCUCGUCAUCAACACCAUGGGCUGGGCCAAAGGACUCGGCGCCGAUCUUACGCUGAAGAUCGAGCACCUGUCCGCGCCGAGCGCUGUGUUCUCGUUCUACGCUGAUGCGCUGCCGGAGGAGUACGACGGGCCGGCUGUGUAUAGACUCGACCCUAUACCGCCGCCCGCGCACGCGCCGCGGUAUACGGCCGCGGAUCACAGGGCGCUCGCGCUGCUGUCGUACUUCCACGCCGUUUUCCCACCGCCACCAACAUCAUCGGAAGAUGCUACGUCGCAGCGCACCGUGCUCAAAUGGGACACCCGCCUCCCGCUGUGCGCUAUGCCGCCUUACGAGCUCGACGCGCGCACGGCGAUUCGGGAGGCUGUGCUUAUAGGCGCGGGGAUGGAAGAUGUGGUGCCGGCUGAGAUCGGCCGCGUACUGAAUGGAGGGCUCGUUGGGCUUCUUCAAUCGGACGACAUCACAGGGCCCCCAGAUGCAUCCGAAGGAGAAGGUGGAUGGGCUAUUCCGUACACCCAAGCCGCGCCGCCUCCGGACCCUACGACCUCGCAAUGCACGUCUCUCGCGCUCAUCCGCGGUAUAUCGCCCGACGGCACGCGAUUGCAACUGCUCACGCCCUUACCAUCGGAAGGGCGCACGCUCGUGAAGGGCGAGCUGGAGAUACCGGUGUGGGGCAUGCUGGACUUCCGGGACAGCGGGAAGGGCGAGGAGAGCGGCGUGCCGUUCUUAAGGUGGGGCAAGGCGGGCGCUGAUGGGGUUAUUGGGGGCGAGAGGAGGAGGGUUAGAAGGAAUUUGAUGCGGAAGGGGCAGAUGUGA